AUGGCCGAUGAUCUCGACGCAGAGUUGCUCGCUUUAGCGGGUGACGACGCUUCUUCAGAUGAGGAGACUUCUCCCCCUCCUCGCAAGCAUACUUCCGCAUCUCCUGCUCAGUCGGCCUCACCACGAUCUCCGGAACCAACGUCAACCAUGGGUCGCAAAGGCAAUGCAAAGCCUGCCCGUCGCUCCCGCAAGUCGCGCAGAGAUGAUGAUGAGGAGGAAGACGGGGAAAUUUCCGCCGAUUCUCUCAACUCAGCUAGCAUGUCCGAAUCUGAGGCACCAUCUGACUCCGAAAGUUCGGAUGCGGGUGUUGAAGAUGAGGGACCAAUCUAUCCAUACGAAAAACUGUACCAUUCCGCGCAGGACAAGCAGGAAAUUAUGGCCUUGCCUGAGAUUCAGAGGGAGCAGAUUCUGUCUGAGCGUGCGCAAGAGGUAGAUCGACACAACCAGGAUCUCGCCCUUCGACGCCUUCUAGCUUCCCGGGAGCGAGAGGAGGCCCGCAAAGCAAAGAAGAACAAGCGCAAGGCUAGCGCUGCAAAUUUAGAUGAAGGCAGUCGCAAGAGUUCUCGGCAAAAGACUACGCUCGGUGGUCGCAAGGUUGGCGAGGCUUCAGAGGCUAUUGAAGCAUACAAGAGACAGCGAGAGCAAAAGGGCAAGCGUGACGAACUGCGCCGCCGGGAUACGGCGACAAAGGACCACAAGUCAAAGUCUCGAGUAUCUGAUGAGGAUGCUGAUGGAGAGAGUGAAGUUGAAUGGGAUGAUCGCGAACGUUCACCUACUCCUCCAAAGGAUGACCCGCCGGCUGAACUUCGAGAUAUUCAGCGAGCUCGUGUAGGCAGGACCAACUUUGCACAAGUGUGCUUCUAUCCUGGAUUCGAAGAUACUAUGGUUGGGUGCUAUGUCCGUCUUAACGUCGGACCAAAUCCUAACGGGGUAAACGAGUAUCGCCUUGCAAUGAUAACAGAGAUCAAAGAAGGAAAGAAAUACGCUCUGGAGGGAGCCAACGGCCGGACAUUCACGACAGACCAGUAUGCUGUUCUCGCCCAUGGCAAAACCACACGCGCGUUUCCUUUCGUUGCUUGCUCCGACUCCCCGUUCACCGAGGCGGAAUUCAACCGAUGGCGACAGGUAAUGGCAGUUGAGGAUUGCAAAAUGCCCACGAAAUCCCAGCUUGCUAAAAAAGUUAUGGACAUCAACCGUCUGAUCAACCAUCAGUUCACCCCCGAAGAACUGAAUGAGAAAUUGCGUAAGCAAGGGUUGCUAGAUACCAAGACAACAUUUUUCAAACGAGUCGACAUAGAGAAGAAGCUCAAAAUUGCCCAAGAACUCGGUGAUGACGAUGAAGUUGGGAGACUUCAAGUCGAGCUCGCAAAUCUUGGCUCCAGCGCCAAACCCCGUACCGAAAAGAAGCUUACUGAGCAUGAGCGCCUGGCCCAAUUGAACCUACGGAACCAAAAACUUAAUUAUGAGAACGUCCGUCGUGCGCAGAUAGAGGAGCGAAAGGCUAGUCGGAAAGCCGCCGCCGCCGCAGCGCGCGGAGAAGGGUCCUUGAACCCUUUCUUGCGCGUCAAGACUCGAGCAAAGACUCACUACGAUGCCAACGAGUCGACGCCCAAAUCUGAGAAUGGAAGCCCCAGCGUAACCCCUGCUUCGAGUACACCAAACCCAAGCACGCCCGCCCGGAGCAGCACUCCGUCCAAUUCACAAAAUAAGCAAUCCAAGGGAGGUGGCGGAAAGAUUCGUCAUCGGAAUAUGGACGACGAGAACAUUGCCGCCCUGGAUCUGGACAUCGAUAUUGAAAUUUAG